AUGCUAAUAUUUAAAUAUCUUUAAAUUGUCAAACUCGGUCACCACUCUAAAGGCAAAAUAUAUAUCUUAGGUUAUAUUGAUUUAGCUUUAGAUGCCAUUGAUGGCAAUUCUUUACAUUACUGACAGAAUGUUUAAAAAAAAAUCACUUGAAAUUGAAAAGGUAGGCUACCGGUAUCAUACCCCCGUAAGAACCUUUCAGUCUUCCUACUUUGUUUCAUAGUGGUGGCUUUUAUUUCAUAUUAAGCAUAAUAUCAAAUGACCACCGUUCCACCUAGUGGGUAACUAUGGUUACCAUGGUAAAUCUUGGAAAGGGCAGUAAGCGCAAAGUGCGCGUGGCUCCGGGGCGGGUGGCUCGCGGGUCCAUCAUAGAACAGUUACCCAAACGACUGUCCCGCCAGUUACAGCUCCGUCGCUCGUCUUUACUCGCUCUCUCAACACUCACACACUCCGGAACAUCGGAUUCUUUUGUGAAGGUUAGCGGUGUGGUUAUGCGCGUUUCGUGCCUUCUCAGCUCGGUGUUCCAGCACCGCGCCCGGAUGGAAGUGUGUCAUCCGGGGAAAAGCUGCUUUCAGCCAACGAGACACGGUGCACAGCACGCCGCACAGCCUGGACAUCUGCAACUUUCAACAGAAGCGUGUGCCUUUCUAAGAACGCAUGCGGUUUGAGACGCAGAUCUAUGGCCAGACCUAUGCAUCCCAGAGGGAAGGAGAGCCGUGGAAAAUCUGAUAGAGGCCCGUAAAAGCUCAAACCCCAUCAUUUUGCUAUUUCAUUCUGAUCUAAGUGCCGUCAUUCAUGGAUGUGCAAGCAGAGGCGGGUCCGCUGAACGUGCAGACGGUGGAUGAACCACCGGGAGGCGCCACCGAUAUCGUAGCCGCCGCAGAGAUUCAGCUCCAAACGGUGCUAGGGAGCGAUGGCGAGCUCAGUGAGGAUGACCUGCAGUCGGGCGCUGGAGCUCAAACACCGGCAGCGGGUGAUCCGAUCACAGAGAUCGAGAGCGAGGAUGGUGCACGGGCAGGGACGGAAACACCGGCCGAGGACAAGGACAUCGUCGGGCAGAGCGCGGGGAAAUCGGAAACAGUGGGCUCCAGUUGCAGCAACGAGAGCUGCAUCCCGACUCCAGGCUGUCGGAUUUGCUUUCAAGGAGCCGAGCAGGGGGAGCUGCUGAGCCCGUGCCGCUGUGCUGGUUCUGUCCGACAUGCUCAUCAGCAGUGUCUGCUCAAGUGGAUCAGUGAGAAGGGCUCCUGGAGCUGUGAACUCUGCAACUAUAGAUUCAACAUCCUGCCUAUACAUAUCAAACCACCACAACAGUGGCAGACUGUCACCAUGACUCUGGUGGAGAAGGUUCAGGUCAUUGCAGUGUUGCUGGGUGGCAUCUUUCUGUUGGCCAGUGUAUCAUGGCUGCUGUGGUCAGCACUGAGCCCGGAGGCACUAUGGCAACGCAGUGACAUCCUGUUCCAGAUCUGCUAUGGCAUGUAUGCAGUCAUGGACAUUGUGUGUAUCGUGUUACAACCACGGAAAGAAGUCAAGUAA